CGAGACGUCAGUGUCACACACAGGUGUCACAUAACAUCCAUUUUUAGGUUAUCAGUGUCAGUUUUUUGCCAAAACAACCCAAAAGUGCUUAAAUGUGUGCGGUUUCACUUGGAGAACCAUGACCGUUGCUUCCUGGUAACAUCUUACUAUUUUCGACCUUUCUGUGCUAGCGCCAUGAGCUAUUUUCCCAUUUUGCGUCUACUGCCACUCAGAUCGCGCCUACUUCGCCAAAACACCUUUCCCAAAGUCCUGCCUUCACUUCCCAGCCAUGUUAUCGAAUCGCACAGACACCACCAUACAAUCCCAAACAGCCAGUCAAAUGUUGAAAAGGGGGCCCCAAUUCCCAAGGGCUACUUGCUGUUAAUGUGUCUGUUCCUGCUCUCGCCCUUCGUGGAAUGGAAACGGAUUGGGGGGUUGCCUCUGGUCAAGGCGGAGGCCCUUCAGGAAAGUGACGACCAGUCAACGGACGGUGAUGAUGAAAGUACAGAAGCUGGCGGAAAGAAGAAAAAGCGAAAGGAGAAAGUCGGAUUCCGCGACAGGAAGAUUAUAGAAUAUGAGAACCGAAUGCGAUCUUACUCCACACCCGACAAGAUAUUUCGCUAUUUUGCUACUGUAAAGCUUAUUGGUGAAUCCAAUGAGGUUUACAUGACGCCCGAUGAUUUUCUAAGAGCGAUCACACCGGGAGUUAAACAGCCUGACGGCCUGGGGCUAGAUCAGUACAAGCGCUACGAUCCAAAACACGGUUUACAGGUAGUGCAAAAGAAGCUGGAUUUGACCCUCGACCAGGAUAGCAUCUUCUACAAACUAGGCAGCGCCGGCCUGAUUAACUUUUCCGACUACAUCUUCCUUCUCACCGUGCUAUCAACAUCGCAUCGUCACUUUGAAAUCGCCUUUCGCAUGUUCGACUUGAAUGGUGAUGGCGAUGUGGACUCCGAAGAGUUUGAAAAAGUCGCCACAUUAAUAAGACAGCAAACAAGCGUUGGCUCCCGCCAUAGAGAUCAUGCUAAUACGGGAAAUACGUUCAAGGGUGUCAAUUCCGCCUUAACCACCUACUUCUUCGGUCCCAACCUCAAGCAGAAGCUCACCAUUGAGAAGUUCUUGGAGUUCCAGAAGCAGCUGCAAAGAGAGAUCUUGAGUCUGGAGUUUCAGCGCAAAAACCCGGAUAAGAACGGGAACAUUUCUGAGGCAGAUUUUACAGAGCUGCUGCUGGCCUAUGCGGGCUACUCCAACAAGAAGAAAUCGCGAAUGUUGAAACGAGUGAAGAAGACUUUUAAGGACAACUCUAAAGGACUGUCUAGGGAAGACUACUUGAAUUUCUUCCAUUUCCUCAACAACAUCAACGAUGUGGAUACAGCGCUCACCUUCUACCACAUCGCAGGAGCCUCCCUUGAUGAAUCCACGCUGAAACACGUUGCCAAAAGUGUGGUGCAUGUGGACCUGAGCGACCACGUUAUCCAUGUGGUGUUUACAAUUUUUGAUGAAAAUCAUGAUGGAAUGUUAAGUAACAAAGAAUUCAUCGCCGUGAUGAAAAACCGUUUGCUGCGAGGUUUGGAAAAACCUAAGGACACCGGUUUUGUUAAGUGUAUGCGAUCGAUCAUCAAGUGCGCAAAAGACACUAAACCUGCGUUAUUAGAUAUCUAAUUUCCGCUUUCUAUUUAGUUUUUCAUCAUGCUUCCAAACUUCACCCUAUAAAUGUGUAUGAAUUAUAUUUAUGAACCAUUGUUAUUUAUUAGCUAUAUACGGAAUGUUGAGAGCCUCGAAGGGAAAGAACUUUGAAAAUCCAUUAUUAUCGCCCCACUUGUUAAUUGUGUUUUGUUUAUACCGAGCUGUGCAGGAUUGUUGUUGAGUUGAGAGUAAAAUUCUAUUUCGUA